AGAUGAGAGAGGGCUGCUGCAGCCUGCUGGCUAGUUACUUUUUAAGAUAAUACGCUACUAGUGGUUCAGAGAGACCUGCACAUGAGGGCUACAGACGGAUUCUCGGUCCGUUUUCUAGCAUGUGAGUAGUUUUGAGCAGAAAAGAUGACUAAAGAGUAACGACGGGGGAAAAAAGGCCGAUCGUUGGAGCUCCAGGAAGUCCCAAACCGCUACGUUUGCAAAAACGGAGAGGGAUAGUGGAUGGACAGAAAGAAAAAAACUACCCGGUUAACCUUUGAACCGUCUUCCUUUGUCCUCGCAAGAAGAAGUCACAAGACUAAAUCCCGUAUAAUUUCACGAAUGACAGCCCUAACGGUAAGCAGGCGGUGAGAGUUUGGAGUGUUUUUUGGGGGGUAAUUUGGUUUCAGCUGAUAAACAAACAGUCCAAGGGGAAGAAGGGACGGUGGGAAGGUGCUUGAACCAGAGGAGCUGAAAAGCGAAGUGAAACUACACGUUCAGAGCAAAACGAGAAGGAAGACACACACACACCAUGUCCUCUGUCUAUUUCAACCCAGGGUCUGAUUCAGGUGUAAAUGGGAACGUUGCAAAGAUGGAGGACGCCAAAGUGGAGAUUGACGAUGGAAAGGAUCAGAGUGUGGUGCCAGACACAAUGUAUCACAAUAUCCGGAAGAAGAUAGAACCUUUUGUUAUGUCUUUUGGAUUUCGUGUGUUUGGAGUGAUACUGAUCCUAGUGGACUUUGUGCUGGUGAUUGUGGACUUGUCCCUGCCAUUGAAGAGCAGAGAUGUUGGAGAUGCUAUAGAGGCCGUGUCCCUUAUCAUCUCCUUCUUUUUUCUUGCUGACGUCCUCCUUCGGGUCUAUGUGGAAGGGUUCAAAGUUUACUUCAGCUCCAAGCUUAACAUCGUAGAUGCGUGUGUUGUGGUGGUCACGCUGGUUGUCACCAUGAUCUACACCUUCACUGACCUGUCAGGAUCCAGUCUCAUCCCCAGGGUGGUGACAUUCUUGCGUUUCCUGCGAAUAAUCAUCCUGGUGAGGGUCUUCAGACUGGCAGCUCAGAGGAAAGAGCUGGAGAAAGUCACCAGGAGGAUGGUGUCUGAGAACAAGAGACGUUAUCAGAAGGAUGGAUUUGACCUUGACCUUACCUACGUCACAGACCGUGUCAUCGCCAUGUCUUUCCCCUCCUCCGGGAAGCAGUCAUUCUACAGGAAUCCAAUCAGGGAGGUGGCGAGGUUCCUGGACACUAAGCAUGAAGGGCACUAUAAAGUUUACAACCUGUGCAGUGAGAAAGGAUAUGACCCCCAGUUCUUCCACUACAAGGUUGAAAGGGUCUUCAUUGAUGACCACAAUGUGCCCUCCUUGGAGGACAUGCUGAAAUACACAGCAAAUGUGAGGGAUUGGAUGUCUGCUGAUCCCAAGAACAUCAUCGCUAUUCACUGUAAAGGAGGGAAAGGACGCACAGGUACGAUGGUGUGCACCUGGUUAAUUGACAGUGACCAGUUUGAGAGUGCACAGGACAGUCUGGAGUAUUUUGGUGAGAGGAGGACAGACAAGAGUCGCAGCUCCAAAUUUCAGGGAGUAGAGACUCCCUCUCAGAGCCGGUACGUCGGGUACUACGAGGUCAUGAAGACCAAGUUCAACAGACAGUUGCCUCCACCUCAGAGCCUCAGGAUCAAGAGCAUCCGCAUCCACUCCAUAGCAGGUGUGGGUAAAGGUGAUGGUAGUGAUCUAAAGGUGAAGAUAAUUGUGAAGAAAGAACUGGUGUUUCAGUGUGUAUGUGCAAAACAGGAGAACUGCAAAGUGUUCCCUGAUGUGGGCAGUAAUGCAGCAGUCAUCAGCCUACAGAACGGGCCUGUGGUUGAAGGGGAUGUAAAGGUCAUGUUUGAAUCGAGUGCUGGUCUUCCGAAAGGUUAUGAGGAUGUCCCGUUCUACUUCUGGUUCAAUACCUCCUUCAUAGAGGAGAACAAGCUGAUUCUAACCAGGGAAGAGCUGGACAACCCGCACAAACCCAAGACCUGGGACCUGUACAAGGAGGACUUUGGUGUCACUAUGUUCUUCUCAGAACCCUAAUAAAAGCCUUUUAGAAAGAUGAAUAGGA